GAUGCUAUAACCUAUUAUGUGUAGGUUGGAGCUGAGAAUACAGCUGCAGAUUUGGAGACAAAAAGACAAAAAGUUCUUGCAGGCGGGGCACCACCAGAGUCGGUUAGAGUUUGUACAAUAUGCAAUGUGGUCUGCAACAGUGAAAAAGUGUUUGCUCACCAUCUUGCUGGAGAAAAGCAUGCCCUCAAGGCCUUUGGGUUACCAUCCAAUUCCUUAAAGCCAAAGAAUCCUGGUCAUAUGAAAGCCAAAACCACUGCCAAGAGGGGCUCCAGUGGUCGUAUUAGUUUUGUUCAAUCAUCCUACUGUGAUGUAUGCAAGCUGAUUUUCAACAGUCAGCAAGUCCUGGCUAACCACAAACUGGGGAGAAAACACACCAAAAACUUGCAGAAGCUUGUAGAGUCUCUCAAUCCAAAGCCAGCAAAUGCUCCUAAAAUCGUAAACCUGACAAUUAAUCCUAGUGCUAGUGAAAGCAAGGCAGCAAAUGAUCAGCCAAAGCAAAAUGCCGCAACUAAGGAGAAUUUGGAGAACAAAACUCAGAAGGUUUUGCAUGGAGGAGCUGCGGUUGACACAUUGAGAGUGUGCACACUCUGCAAUGUUGUCUGCAAUAGCGAGGCAGUGUAUAAUUCUCAUAUUGCAGGAAAGAAGCAUAUUGCUAAGGGAACUAAUCCAAGUGCUAGUGAAAUCAGCACAGUAAAUGAUCAGCCAAAGCAAAAUGCUGCAACUAAGGAAGAUUUGGAGACCAAGAAGCAGAAGGUUUUGAAUGGAGGAGCUGCAGCUGAUGCAGUGAGAGUGUGCACACUCUGCAAUGUUGUCUGCAAUAGUGAUGCAGUGUAUAAUAUUCAUAUUGCAGGAAAGAAGCAUAUUGCCAGGACGAGCGAACAUCCGCAGGUGAAUAGUUAGUGUAUUCGCGUCUCUGUUUUGCACCUUUGCGGAGUAAUUUCCUUUAGCUGUGGGGGACUCAUUUAGUCAUUUAGUUUUUGUAAAUCAAUUUGGUAUCAGUAUCUAUCUGUUAUACGGAGCCGUUACCUAUGGUAAAAUUAUUUUUGUUACACUUUGGUUGUAUUCCCGAGUUUAUCUAGAGAUAUACGAGUUUGUGAAGUGCAAUGCUGAGAUUGGGGAUGGGAA